CCUUCAACACUAUUAAGAGAAAAGCUUGCUGAUGACAAUGGGAUUGGACUCAGCCCUCCCUCCCCUGUCAUUGCAGGUGUAUCCUCUGUUCACAGCAGGACCUAACUAAUGUGCCUAACCUGCCUGCCCUCUUUAUUCAGGGUGUUUUGGGAUAACAUGGAGUGAAUGUGUCUACUUUUUUAUUUGCCAGUAAUCAAUAGGUAAUUGGUUUUGUAGUAUUUUUAGGGACCAUUGGUUUGAAUACUGGAACUGGGGUAGAACCAGUACAUCCCUAACCCAAGAUGAGUGCGACAAAGGAAGAUGUUGAGAAGUUCCUGGAUGGGAACCCGGCUUUCGCCCAGGGCUACUUCAACAAGAAGCUCACACCAGGGGCCCUCUCUGUGAUGGCGGGGAUCCCGGAGUCCAAGGUGGAUUUUGGGAUGUUACAGGAGCUGAGCCAGAUAGAGGAAGGCCAGAUCCUAUUCGACCUGAUCAAAGAAAUGCAGGAGAAUGUGAACAUGGAGAAAGUGGUGUUCAAGAUCCUGAAGAGGAUCGUCGCCCUGAUCCAAGCUGACCGCUGCAGCCUGUUCAUGUACCGGGAGAGGAACGGCAUCGCGGAGCUAGCCACGCGUCUUUUCAACAUCACCACAGAGUCUGAGCUGGAUGACUGUGUGGUUCACCCUGACCACGAGAUAGUCUUCCCCCUGGACCUUGGGGUGGUGGGAAAUGUGGCCCAGACCAAGAAACACAUCAAUUUGAAAGAUGCCAAUGAGAGCAGUCACUUCAGCUCGUUUGUUGAUGACCUGACAGAGUACAAAACCAGGAACAUAUUAGCCUCGCCUAUCAUGAACGGAGAGGAUGUGGUGGCUGUGAUCAUGGCCCUGAACAAGACCACUGGACCCCACUUCACCACUGAGGAUGAGGAUCUUUUUCUGAAGUAUCUCAGAAUAGCCUCUUUGAACCUGAAGAUUUACCAGCUGAACUACCUGUACAACUGUGAGACUCGAAAAGGACAGGUCCUGUUGUGGUCCGCCAACAAGGUGUUUGAGGAGCUGACAGACAUUGAGAGACAGUUCCAUAAAGCCCUGUAUACAGUGCGGGCAUACCUGAACUGUGACAGGUACUCUGUGGGCCUACUGGAUAUGACAAAGGAGAAGGAGUUCUUUGACAUCUGGCCAGUGUUGAUGGGAGAUCAGCCCCCCUACGCUGGACCUGUUACUCCGGAUGGCAGAGAAGUCAUAUUCUACAAAGUCAUUGAUUAUAUUUUGCAUGGAAAAGAGGAUAUCAAAGUUAUCGCGACUCCCACUCUAGAACACUGGGUGUUGUGUACUGGAUUGCCCACAUAUGUGGCCGAAACUGGUCUUAUAUGUAACAUCAUGAAUCCCACAACAGAGGAGAUGUUCAAGUUUCAGUCAGAGCCCUUGGAUGACAGUGGUUGGACCAUAAAGAAUGUGCUGUCCAUGCCAAUUGUCAACAUGAUGGAAGAGAUUGUGGGCGUGGCUACAUUCUACAACAGGAAAGAUGGGAAGCCAUUCGACCAGCAGGAUGAGGAGCUAAUGGAGGCUAUGACUAACUUCCUGGGCUGGUCCCACCUCAACACAGACACUAAUGACAGGAUGAAAAUGAUGGAGAACCGGAAAGACAUAGCCCAGGACAUGGUUCUCUACCACGUCAAGUGCCGUGAUGACGAAAUACAGACAAUCCUGAAAACCAGGCAGUAUUUCAACAGAGAGCCCUGUGACUGUGAAGAGGAUGAGUUUCUGCAGAUUCUGAAAAAAGAGCUACCCGGCCCCAAGAAGUUUGAGAUCUACGAGUUUGGGUUCUCUGACUUUGACUGCACAGAGCUGGAGCUGGUGAUGUGUGGGAUCCAGAUGUACUAUGAGGUCGGAGUGGUCAAGAAGUUCCAGGUUCCACAGGAGGUUCUGGUGCGUUUCCUGUUCUCUAUCAGCAAAGGCUACAGGAAAAUCACCUAUCACAACUGGCGCCACGGUUUCAAUGUUGGGCAGACUAUGUUCACACUGUUGACGACAGGGAACCUGAAAAGGUACUACACAGAUCUGGAGGUGAUGGCCAUGAUCACAUCUGCUUUUCUCCAUGAUAUCGACCACAGGGGGACAAACAACCUCUACCAGGUGAAAUCUGGUAACCCACUAGCCAAGCUUCACGGCUCGUCUGUCCUGGAGAGGCAUCAUCUAGAAUUUAGCAAGUUCCUUCUGGCAGACGAGUCCUUGAAUAUCUACCAGAACCUCAACAGAAGACAGAACGAGCAUGCCAUCCACCUCCUGGACAUUGCCAUCAUUGCAACAGACUUGCAACUCUAUUUCAAGAAGCGAACUAUGUUCCAGAAGAUUGUUGACCUAUCAAAGACCUACGAAGAUGAGAAGAAGUGGGUGGACUGGAUGUCACUGGAGACGACCAGGAAAGAGAUUGUCUUGGCCAUGAUGAUGACAGCAUGUGACCUGUCAGCCAUCACUAAACCAUGGGAGGUGCAAAGCAAGGUGGCGCUGUUUGAAGCAGCUGAGUUCUGGGAGCAGGGUGACUUGGAAAGGGAAGUUCUUGAAAAACAACCCAUUACUAUGAUGGACAGAAACUGCGCUGGCCAACUGCCCAAGCUGCAGUGUGGUUUCAUUGACUUUGUCUGCACAUUCAUCUACAAGGAAUUCUCCCGCUUCCAUCCGGCCAUCCAGCCGAUGUAUGAUGGCCUCCUAAACAACAGGAAGGAGUGGAAGGCCAAGCAGGAAGAGUACGAGGCCAAGCAGGCCAUCCUGGAAGCCCAGUCAGGUCAGAGUGGAGGAUAUAUUGCAUUAUUGCUCUGUAGUUUAGAGAGUAUUUUGUCUGCAGUAAAAGUAACACAGAUGAUCCUUAACACGUACUUUAGUUUCUAUUCUUGUAAUGUACAGGGUCCAAGACGUGCUCAGUGUGCUAGAGCCCGUUUUGGAGGUAGAUCACUCCAGGAUACAUCACAGCCACACAGUCUUGCUGCCGGCCGGGGCAGGGCCAGCCUCACCUCAGAGCAGCUGUGGAAAGACAGCCUGCACUCACAGCAUCAGAGCCUUGGAGAAGAGCCAGAGGGACUAUUUAGCAGCCACGCAGAAAAGCCAUUGGACCUGCUGGUUACAGACCCAUGUUGGCACAUUAUGGACACAACAGUCAAGUUUCUUCCUUCAGUUGAAGGGUAGUUGUCAUUAGUUGCAUUGGCAAAUCCACAUUUUAGAAGUUACCCCUGUCAAUAUGUUUCACGACCUUCGGAGGAAUCCUGCAAGUAGACGUGUGGAGAGUAUGCGUCUUAUGUACACUAAGUUCCUGAAGGUCUUUAUCAACCAAUUUAAGGAACAAGAAAUCACUAAAUUCUGAAAUAUUUGUUUCUAAACAUGUGGAAUGUCCUAUGAAUAUAACAUUAAUAUGCAUUGCUUCUCAUUUGACCCUUUUCAUACAGAAUACUGUUAAAUAAUAAAUUUUUAACAGUAUUCUGUAUUUUUUUAAACAUUUAUUUUACCUUUAUUUAACUAGGCAAGUCAGUUAAGAACAAAUUCUUAUUUUCAAUGACGGCCUAGGAACAGUGGGUUAACUGGUCUAGGAACAGUGGGUUAACUGCCUUAUUCAGGGGCAGUUAUUAUACAAAACCUUGGUGGAUUCAUCAAGAAUCCAAUAUUACAUCAACAGUGUAAUUACAGUGGCUUAUGUUGUUCUUCAUACCUUACAGUCAGUCAUCAUUUACAUGAGAGAAUGUGUUUACCCUAAUGGUAAUCAAAAGUAGAUUAUGCAAUAGUUAGGUUAGCGUCCUGAUACGCCAUGGUGGUAGCUAGACGAGCGGUUAGAUCGAAAAAAAAAAUGAAUAUGUAACUGUUCACUGUCUAUUUUAGAAUAUUUGAAUAAGACAUACUUUUAAGGUAAAAACAAGAUACAAUAUGUCUCAAAUGAUGUGUGUGUAUGAUCUAUAACAAUAUGUCUCAAAUGAUGUGUGUGUAUGAUCUAUAACAAUAUGGAUGGAUUUCCAAAUGGUCCACUGAGGAUAAUGGUCAAAGUCCCAAACCCUCGGUAGUUAUUGAAUCCAGUGGCCUUGAUUCUGAUACGAGCCGACUCAGUGGAUCCAUAGAAUCUCCUAGUACUCGUUAUGAACAAAGAAUAAUCAUGUUCUUGUAGCAGCCCCACUCUCUAUGGGGUAUCUAUGCUUUGAUAGAUGUAAUCAAUUGUAAAUAGUCUCCUGCUGUAAAUAUAUUUCAAUUAUAGUAUAUUUUUUCAGAUGAUUAAUAGGUAAUACAUAGAUUUUCUAUGAACGUCAGUGCAACAUUACUGUUAUGCUCUGUGCCGACAUUAAACUAAAUAUCAAGUACCCAUUUAUUAGAAGCAGCAAUUAUUUUUGCAUAACCAUACCAUUAAAAAUUGCAACUAACAUUUUAUUCCCCAAUUUGUUGUUACAAAUAUUUGCAUGUAAACAUGACCAGAAUUCUGUAUGUGCUAUCUACAAUAACCAAAAUAAAGUAAAUUAAUUUUUAAAGGAU